AUGAGCUCGAUCUCUCAGAAGCAGCCGGGUCUUCAGUCUCAAGGACAAAGCAACUCCACGCCGGCCGCUUCAAACGCCAGUUCGACAGCAAACAGCGCUGCUCGAUCCCACGCUAGCGCCACUAAGAAGUCGACCGACUCUGAAGCUGCUGCGGCACACCAUGGGAAGUCGCCUUCUACAACUCUUUCAGUAAACGGCAAAUCAUCCAUGCAGAACAACCAACCUUCCGGGGUGACCAUUGUGAAUGGCGCUCCAUCGUCUCAGGGCGGCGACCACAGCAGAAAACAAUCAGUAACCAUCAGCUCCACUGGCACCACCGGCUACCUCCCUAAUGGCGGCCCAGCUGCCGGCGCGAAUCGCAACAGCAUCCAGUUUGGCGCGGUAGACCAAGAGGGCUCUCCUGCCAUGGCUUCUUCCGUCGCUGUCCCCGCUGGCCAGGCUCAAGGCGGCCUUGGUGUUGCGCAACCUGCAAACCCUCGCGCUACUUCGCCUUCCACCUCGCCUUCGCCCAUCCCACAGCCAGCCUCCAGUGGCGGACGGCCGCCGUCGACAUAUCACUCACAAGGAAACGGACCAAACUUUGGCAGCUUCCCGGAAUCGGGAGACCCUAGACAAAUGAGACCGAACCAAGCGCCACUGGGCCCAGGACAUCAAGCCACCCAUUUACGUCGCGAAUCAUCACAAUCCGCACACAGUGACCACAUCCCUGGAGGACCAGGUGGUCCAGGUCGCGGUGGCUACCCUCACCAGGGUGGCCGUGGUCGUGCCUACUCUCAAUCUGGAUACCAAAAUCCGAUGGCCUACUCUCCUGGCCCUAAUUUCCGGUCUACACAAAACCAGCCUCGUGGAGGUUCAAAUAUGGCUCCUCAAUAUCACGGUCCCAACCAAGGACGACCUCUUGGACCAUUCCCAAAUUCUCCACACCAAGCUGCUCGUAGCCCGGCAGUACCAAACGCUCACCCGGUCACACCUCAGAUGAACCAGGUACCCAUGGCACACGCUCAGAUGCCAAAUCAGCAUUAUGGUUCUUAUAACCAACAUAUGGCACCCCAAAAUGUGAGACGCGAUUUUUCUAUGCCUUCUAAACCUUUUCGAAACCCCAAAUCAAGAUCAUAUCAAAAGGAACCCCCCAAAGCAAAGCACUCACAAGGAACCCGUACCCGACGUGAUCUUACUGCACCUGCACAAGCCUCCCAGCCUUUACCCUCUACACUACCACCCCCUCCAGUGAACAUCCCAUCUCCAAAUAUCCCGCCUCCAAUGAACUUUUUGCCCCGAUUCCCUUCCCUUAACCUUGCUCCAGAGAGUGGUCAGUUUGAACGUUAUCUAACUUUGUUGAAACCCCAGAAUUACCCACAGGGAUAUGACCCGAAUUAUUAUUAUGCUGCGUAUGGUAUGCAGCACAAUAUGUAUAUGACACCUCCUUCGCCCCAACCUCGACCCGGCAUGCCUUAUACCCCGCAGGCGCCCUAUAUGGGAAACCAAUACCAAGCUGGCGGAGUUCAACCUCCUGCACAGUCUACUCCCUUGUCGAGAAACCCUUCCCAGGUCUCUAAUGACCGACCUGGCUCGAGUCUCGGCCAAGGCCCUGCUCCAACAGGUGCUCCUACUCCUGGACAUGCUCACACUGCUAGCAGAACCUCGAACAGCCCUGCUCCUCAGAAGAACACUUUCGUCAUCCCGACGCCGAAGAAAAGUGCCAUCGUUAUCAAGGAUCCCAACAGCGGUGCUGUGAAGGUCCCCAGCUCGUGCCACCCCGUCGCCUGUGAAGAGCUCGGCUCCUACUCCCCCCCUCGCACCACCAGUGGCGCCGAACACAUCCGAUCAGACAGUAAGUCGGUCAAGACGGAUGAGGAGAAGAAGAAGGAACUUCGUGACGCAGUUCGUUUGAAGAUUGAGCAAGAGGAAGCCGAACAACGUCGCAAGGAAGAGGAUGCCAGGAAAGCUAUUGAAAACCUUUCGCUUGAAGAAAAGGUAGACGACAAGAAGGCCAAAGAAACAGCUGCCCAGCCACCCAAAGCAGAGGCAGCCCCAGCUCCCCAGCCUGCAGCAGAGAAGAAACCUGAGGAGAAGCCGGCCCCAGCUCCUGCACCCGCCGCUGAUGAUGAGAUCGACUUCGAUGCUAUUGAGCGCGAAUUGGCCGAAAUUGAGGCGAAAGAGCUUGCCGCUGAAGCCGAGUACUACAAGAGGAAACAGACCCAGAAGGAGGAAGAGGAGCGGAAGAAGAAGGAAGAAGACGAGGCUUGGGAGCGCAAUAUGAAACAGGCUGAGCGGGAAGCAGAGGCGAUCGAGGAAGCGCGCAUCAAGAAAUUGGAAGCUGGCGGCGAAGUUGACGAUUCCAAGAAGAGCUCUGAACUUUUCGCAUCACUACGCAAGGGUGGUAUCACUGCUGACGAAGGCGCCGCACCUCCAACUCCCGAUGACAGUGGCGCCGCUACACCAGUUUCCGUGUCGGACGCCUCCAUGGGACCCCCCUCCAAACCAGCCAGCGUCACCAAGCAGAAGCCUGGACCCCUCAAGCUCGAAACAAGCAAGGCUGUUGAACCACCACAGCCUAGUGCUGCCCUCAAAUCUCUGACCGGCGCGAAGUUUUUGGAAAGCCUGUCAUCCGUCACCUACCCAUCCACCAUCGUCUCUCCUAACCCUGCUCUGAACGUUAAUGCGCCAUCGGACCGCAAGUUCAAAUAUAACAAGGAAUUCUUGCUUCAGUUCCAGAAUGUCUUCAAGGAGAAGCCUACCCUGGACUGGGAUCAGCGCGUUCGUGAGACUGUUGGCGAUAGCGGUGAUUCUUCACGGCCACAAUCUGCUCGUACGCCAGGAAUGGGUGGACGUAAUACUUCUCGCCCAGGCAUCCCAUCGACCUUCAAAAUCGGCAGCUUCGUUCAUGGUGGUUUCCCUACAGCUGCAGGCACGUCUAAAGACGGCUUCCCCAACCCUGGUAGCCGUACUCCAUCAAUGGGAGGUGGACCAUUCGGCCCCUUCGGAUCUGGCCGCCCCGUCUCAAUUGGACCUGGAGGACCGGGUCGAUCUGGCUCAUCUGCGGCUAUGAAUAACAUGCCCGGAACUCCUCGAUCCCUCUCCAAGAACACCCGUACGUCUAGCAAACGCGACAAGCACGUCGGCAAAAAGGAAGAGGAUAGCAACAAGGCAAUGCCUCUCACAGCUGGCACUACUUUGAAGCCUCUCGUUGUUUCAACCGGCGGUUGGAAGCCUCGCAGUCUCGUCCAACCUUCUACUGGUCCUACUCCAGGUGGUGACAGUGGUUACCUGGCUCCUGAUGUCGUCCAGCGCAAGGUCAAGUCCAAUUUGAACAAGAUGACACCAGAGAACUUCGACCGUAUCUCUGAACAAAUUCUUACGAUUGUCUCUCAGUCCAAAGACGAGACUGACGGCCGCACUCUUCGACAAGUCAUCCAACUUACAUUUGAGAAGGCCACCGAUGAAGCCCACUGGGCUCCGAUGUACGCCAAAUUCUGCAAGCGUAUGCUUGAGAGCAUGAGCGCAGAAAUCAAGGAUGAGAGCAUCCGCGACCGAAACGGCAACGUCGUUGCUGGCGGCAGCUUGUUCCGCAAGUACCUUCUGAACCGUUGUCAAGAGGAGUUCGAGCGUGGUUGGAAGGUUAACCUGCCACCUAAACCAGAGGGUGAGACCGAAGAAGCCGUUAUGCUGUCGGAUGAGUACUAUACAGCUGCUGCCGCUAAGCGUCGUGGUCUUGGUUUGGUUAAGUUUAUUGGAGAAUUGUACAAGCUGGGCAUGUUGACGGAACGUAUUAUGCACGAAUGUGUCAAGAAACUUGUCGACUACGAGGGCAUACCUGAUGAAGCUGAAGUGGAGAGUUUGACGAGUCUCCUUCGUACUAUUGGUGCCAGUUUGGAUGUCUCCGAGAAGGGGCAUGCCAUGAUGGACGCUUACUUCGCCCGAAUCAGUAUGAUGAUGGAGACACCGAACUUGCCCAGCCGUCUCAAGUUUAUGUUACUGGAUGUCCUUGACUUGCGUUCUGCGGGCUGGAGAUCGAAGGACGGCGACAAGGGUCCUAAGACACUCAGCGAGAUUCGUGAAGAGGCUGCUCGCGCCCAGCAUGAGGCCGAAAUGGAGCGUCUCCGACAACAAGCCUCCCGGGGUGGUGGCCGCAUGCCACUUGGCCGUGGUGAUGCUCGUAACUUCUCCGGCGAUUACCGCAACCAGGCUCCUCCUCCUGAUUUUGCUUCUAGCAAGGUCGGCACUGACGAUCUCCGUCGUCUUAAGACAGCGCGCACUGCGAACCAGCCUAUGUCAUUUGGCCCCUCAAGCAUGUUUGGCUCACGUAGCAACAGUGGUCGCAAGAACCUUGGCCCUGGUGGUAACCUGGUUCGUGGCGGCGAGGACAGCGGAGCAAGCAGCCGCACAGGCACACCGCCAGCUGGAAAGAAGGAAGACAAGGAGGCAGCAUCCUCGAUCAACGCAUUCAGUGCUCUGGCCAGUCUCGAAGAUAAUAUGGCAACAUCUCCCCCGUCGAAUCCCACUUCCCCUGAGUUGACUAAGUCUCAACCGGUGAAGAAUGAAGAAGCGGCCUAG